AUGCCUCCAAAAAAUAAGAACAAGAACCCAGUAAUCCACUUUGUUUCCGGUGGGGUUGCUGGUUUGCUGGAAGCCCUUUGUUGUCAUCCUUUGGACACCAUCAAGGUCCGUAUGCAAUUAUACAGAAGGGCUGCUGGCAGUGGAGUCAAGCCUCCUGGUUUCAUCACCACCGGGGCUGGAAUUUUCAGAAACGAAGGGUUCAUUGCCCUUUAUAAAGGUUUGGGUGCUGUUUGUAUCGGGAUUGUCCCGAAGAUGGCCAUCAGAUUCAGUUCGUUUGAAUAUUACAAGACUUUUUUCACCAAAUCUGAUGGCUCGAUUUCCACCGCGGCCACCUUUGUUUCUGGGUUGGCUGCCGGGGUCACCGAAGCCGUUGCUGUUGUUAACCCAAUGGAAGUUGUCAAGAUUAGAAUGCAAGCCCAAUCAAACUCUGCCACUGAUCCAACCGCCUUGCCAAAAUAUAGAAAUGCCAUCCAAGCUGCUUAUGUCAUUGGUAAAGAAGAAGGGUUCAAAGCGUUCUACAAAGGGGUUUCCUUGACCGCCUUGCGUCAAGCUACCAACCAAGGGGUCAACUUCACGGUGUAUUCCAAAUUGAGAGUCAAGUUACAAGAAUAUCACCAAUCUGACAACGUUCCAGGCUGGCAAACUUCGGGUAUUGGUUUGAUUUCCGGGGGGUUGGGUCCACUUUGUAAUGCCCCAAUCGAUGUCAUCAAGACCAGAUUACAAAAAGAAAUUGGCUUCGAUCCAAAAGAAAACUCUGUCAAGAGAAUCACCAGAAUCGGUACCAAGUUGAUCCAAGAAGAAGGUGUCAGAGCGUUCUACAAGGGUGUCACCCCAAGAAUUAUGAGAGUUGCUCCAGGUCAAGCCGUUACUUUCACCGUUUAUGAAUUUAUGCAAAAUGCUUUGGGUAAAGUUUCAUUCCUUAAUAGCAAGAAAUUGGAUUGA